CAGGUGAUAUGCACAAAAUGCAAUAAUGUGUCAAAUCAGUUUGAAAAUAUGAUGGAUUUAACUGUGGAAAUUCAAGGGGAUGCUGCAUCUUUGGAGGAAUGUUUAGACCUAUUCACAGCAAGAGAGCCGCUUCAUGGGGAUAAUAUGUAUAAAUGUGAUGGAUGCAAUGACUAUGUCCUGGCAUGGAAGCGCCUUAGUAUCCGACGGGCUCCAAAUGUUCUUACAAUUGCCUUAAAAAGGUUUCAGAGUGGGAGAUUUGGGAAACUCAAUAAGAGGGUGACUUUCCCCGAGACUUUAGAUAUUACUCCCUACAUGAGUGAAACAGGAGAUGGUAAUGAUGUUUACAAGCUAUAUGCAGUUGUUGUCCAUGUGGACAUGCUGAAUGCAUCAUUCUUUGGUCACUACAUUUGUUAUACCAAGGAUUUUCGGGGGAACUGGUACAGGAUUGAUGAUUGUAAGGUUAAUCUUGCUGAUUUGGACGAGGUGCUUUCUCAGGGAGCUUAUAUGCUUUUGUAUAGCAGAGUUUGUCCUCGGCCAUCAUGCUUAUAUCCUUCUGAACCCUUAAAGGAGGAGCAGGGAAUGGUGAAAAUUGUUCAAGAAGGGGAGCAUUUCCGAAAACAACCUGUUGAAUGCUUUUCUGCAGCAGAGGUAACUGAUACAGCUAGAGUUUCUGCUUCCUUGUCAUCUGAUGGAAGUUCAGUGUUGAAGGUUUCUAACUGCAAAGAUGAGUCAACUUCCAUAAUUAGUCCUGAAUAUAUAAAAGAAGAUUUGGAUACAAUGGACAUUGGGCCAAGCUCAUCUGUUUCAAAGGAUGUUGGGAAUGGAUGUUGUAAUGCAGUCAAAGAAAUUGCUUCUCCUGUUAAACAUGCGCAUAGACUGGUCUCUGGGGUUACUUCUUUGGAUGAUUCAUAUUCUACUGAAGCUAAUAUUCUGCAACACAAACCACUUUCCCGUAUGUUGGAUGCUGAGAACGGAAAUGGAUCUAGUAAAAAUAGUGCCAAGCAUUGUGUUGAAAUGGAUUCUUUAACAGCUUUCUCUGUGUCUACUCAGAAGAAUGUCUGUGAGAAUGGUGAAACACCCCAUAAAAAUUCUGUUGCUGCUUUAACCCCAGAUGAUGUCCGCCAUGAAGAGAAUUGUGUUAAUUCCAGAGCUAAGCCAGAGAAGGUCGAGUCUGGAAAGGAUGUGCAAUCUUCUAGUGGUAGUGAAGAUUCUGCGGGGAAAUUGGAUGGAAGCAACACUCGGGCAAAAUUGAAGCCACUAUUUCCUCCUGGGUUUCUUGGGAAGCGCACACGAGGCAAAUACAUUAAGCGAGAUGGGAAAGUCCUUGCGGAAUUUAGUGAACCUGUCUCGGCAUGCAAUGCGAACUGUCAAAAGAAUGACACUUACAGCCCUAAUUCAUGUCAUCAAAAUGGUUCGCCAUCUAGCAUCAUUUUGCAGAAACAAAGUGGUAUUAAAGAUGACUGGCCACUGGUAGGAGAGGAAAUUCCUGCCGGCAAUGGUAAUUUCUUGGAGCCGCUGGAAACCAAGCCUCCCAGACAGACGGAAACAAAAUGACUGGCUGAAGAAUGAAGAUUGAUUGCUUGCAGUUAGACUUUUACAAGAAUCUCCCUGUUUACAUUGACAAUUGCAUUGAGGAAGUUUUUGGAAAAAGAUCACCAUCUUGAGUCCAGCAUUGCCCUUAGUAGCCAAAUUGUGUUGAGGGUGGAGCUGCUGUACUUAAAGUUGGUAUCGAAACGGGAAUGGUUCUAGUUGCAGGUGCAGCAGAUUAUUCUAUCGUACUCAUGGCUUAGCAGAGUUAUGGAGAAUCAGAUAAAAGGGAGGUAGAAAUAAUGGAUCCUAAUUUAGUUAAAGUCAAUUCUUUGUCUUGUUUAUAUCCUCUGUUCCCUCCCAUCACCAUAAGGAAAUGAUUAAUCUGGGCAUUUUAAUCCGGGGUCUCAUUAUUCACACAAAUGUUGGAUGCCCUUGAACUCGAUUACAAAUGCAAAUACGCCAUUGGUAG